AGCUGCCAGAGACCCCGUCGUGGUGCAGGUCAUCAGGCGUACCACCAGUGGCCGCCCUCACGGCCCCCCUCAGGAAAUCCAUGUGGUGGACGUGUGCACUCAGACCGACAUCACCUUUGAACACAUCAUGGCGCUGGCAAAGCUCGAGCCUUCGACCCCUCCUGUGCCUGACGUCUGUCCCUUCCUGCUCUCCGAUAGCUGUCAUUCCCUUCAUACAAUGGACCAGGAUUACUAUGAAGGUACUGACUACCUCUCCCCUGUCCCAGCUGAUGGAGAGAGAACAGAGGAGUUUGAAGUAUGAGGAAGUGGAACUUUGUCGUCUAAGCAGUCAAGAAAAACUAGGUCUCACCCUGUGCUACAGGACAGAUGAAGAAGAGGACGUGGCCAUUUAUGUCAGUGAGGUCAGUCCGAACAGCAUUGCUGCCAGAGACGGCAGGAUCCGAGAAGGGGAUCGUAUCUUACAGAUUAACGGCCAGGAUGUACAAGACAGAGAAGAAGCAAUGGCUGCUCUCUCCAGUGAUGACUUCAGGAACAUCAUACUGCUGGUCGCCAGACCUGAGCUGCAGCUGGAAGAAGCCUGGCUGGAUGAUGAGCAUAGCGAGUUCCUGGAGCAGCUGAAGAUGGAAAUGUUGGAGGAGCAACAGAGAGAGGAGAUGGAAUUAACUGCCUUACAAGAAGAGCAGGAAACACAGCAGAGAUCAGAAGAUGACAAGCCUUCUUGUUCAACGUUUUCUUACUCAAAGGACAGUCUGCAAAGUCGCAAAGAGAGAAAGGAAAACUCAGACCAUAAUGUCUUAGCCCAAAUCCAGAGACGCCUGUCCCGGUGCCUACGAGACAGCCAGGACUCGCAUUGUUCAACUGGUCUUAAACAUCUGGAGGACAAAGACGAUGAGGACAACGAUGAGACAGAGGGAGAUCGUUUCCAGCAACUCUUGCAGCUAAAGUGUCAGAUACGCAACAGCGGCGAAUAUGACCUGUUCUACAGCCGCUGUAGCACUAUCGAGUGCACCAUGGCAGAGCAGAGUGACAUGCAACAUGAGCUGCGUAUGCUCAAUGAGGAGCUGCGCAGCAUCGAACUUGAAUGUCAGAACAUCAUGCAGGCCCAUAAGCUACGUAGAAGUCAGCAGUCUCCCUUAAUGGGACGUUCUGCAGCCUCCAUCCUAAAUCAAAGCCCCAGCCGUGGAGAGUCCGUUAAGGGUAAGCUGGGUGACAUUAACGAGAGGAUGGAAAAGUCGGACAAGGAUAGCUCCAGUGCCUACAACACUGCAGAGAGUUCUCGGAGCACUCCUUUAGCAAUGGACCGCUCCCCAGAGCACUCUCUCCAGAGAAUGGUUAGUCUCACCAACCAGAGGAACCUCUGUGGGGGGCUUGCUAGUGGUCACUCCCCUAGCUCAAGCCCGAGUCCGAUCCCAACCUGUAGAACGCCCAUUCUGGGCAAGAGCAGCAGCCCUGACCACAGUAACCCUUCAGAGUCAGAUCAAACACCUCAGGCUGAGGAGGAGAACAAAAGGAAGUUAAAACAAUGCACUCCUCGGAUUCCUUACUUCUCUCCUUCUCAUAGCUCCCAGCAGAGGCAGGCCAACAUUCCAGCCCAUGCCCGCCACUACCAGAGCUACAUGCAGCUGAUCCAGCAGCGUUCAGCUGUGGAGUAUGCCCAGAGUCAGCUCAGUCUGCUCAGUGUCUGCAAAGAGCCUCAGAGACCCAUUAACGAGCCCAAGAUGGAGUGGAAGGUCAAAAUCCGCAGCGACGGCACCCGCUACAUUACCAAGAGGCCCGUGAGAGACAAGAUCCUGAGGGAGCGGGCCUUAAAGAUUAAAGAAGAGCGCAGUGGGGGAAUGACCACAGAUGACGACGCAAUGAGUGAGAUGAAGAUGGGAAGGUACUGGAGCAAAGAAGAAAGGAAGCAACACCUGGUCAGGGCAAAAGAACAGAGAAGAAGACGAGAAUUCAUGCAACGCAGUCGGCUGGAAAGCUUGAGGGAGAACCCUCAAAGCAGCAGUGAGGGGCGCAAGGAAGUCAGUAUUAUAGAGCUCAGCCACAAGAAGAUGCUGAAGAAACGCAAUAAGAAGAUUUUGGACAACUGGAUGACCAUCCAGGAGCUGAUGACUCAUGGCACUAAAGCCCCUGAGGGAGCAAAGGUGCACAACGCCUUCCUCUCAGUCACUACUGUAUAGGACAAAGACAGCCUACAUUCUACCCCAUGUGGUAAAACAUACUUGCCUCGUUAAAUGUGGCUUUUGUAAGUGGACAGUCGGAGGAGUACUUUUCACUCUUUAUAUCCAAAAAAAAGCAUUUUUAAAGAGUUUAUCAGUGGCGUCAUGACAUUUUAGUGAUGUUUUUCCAAAUUGUUUUUCACAUGACUUGGUAAUGAUUACAUUUUCUAAGAAACUAUGACAAUUAUUUUAAUACUUCACUCUAAACAUGUUUAUCUUUUCAAUUCUAUUUUCAUAUUUAUGUUAAACUCUAUAUUUCAAUAUGGCUGUUUGACAAAGCUCUCAAUGAUCAGUUGGUAACUUUUCUUUUGUUUAUGAUUUCAAGGCUUUUUUUGUAGUCAACAGAUUUGAUGUGCCUGUGAUCUGGAGCUGAAGACGAUCGGGUUCCUCUGUGUGGUUAACAUGUGGCUGAAAAGAUGUUUCUUGCCGAGUAAAGAACAAUCCAGAAAGUCAAACAUUUAACUGAGCUACAUAAAUCUUUACAGUUUGAUUGAUAAAAAGCUUUUAAAUUUGAUUACAAAACAGUUCCUAAGAUAUUAAACUUAUGAUCCAGAAUGUAUAUUGAUGAAGUUAGGAGUUCCUGAAUUGAAGACAUUCUGAAGAAAUGGUCUUCUUCUGAUGCUGUUUCACAAAAGAUUUUACUAAAUUUGAGUAUAUUUAAAUUUUGCUUGGUCAAUUCCAACAACAAUUGACUCUGUCUCUAUAACAAGCGAGUGAUGUAUAUAUAGCAACAAUUGUAUUUCAUAUGCACUGUUCUCUCCACAAUUAUCAGCACCCCUGGUAAAACAGUACUAAAUAUUAAAUGUUUAUAAUAAGUGUUGGGCACAGUCCGGAAUCCUUUUAUUUUUAAAUUUGACAGUACAUCUUUAAUUUACAGCUAUCUUAGUUAACAGUGACCCCUCAAAUAAGGAACAAGCAGGAAACCCGUUCUUGUUGUCCAUAAUAUAAAACCAAAAACAGACAACUGUGGUGCUAACUUAUUGUUUAUCACAUUAUCGUUGACACUAAGUUUAGAAACUGUUAUGGGAAGAUGCCGACAGCUGAUUAGUCAUGUGAGCUAAACAUCCGUUACAUCAGAACCUAUUUGGCAAAUGCAUUUCCAUCUCCAAUUAUGCAUAUUACCUAUUUUUCCGCAAAAUCCAAAAACCACCUCAAGCAUGCAAAAAAACCUUUUUGUAAAACAGAAGAUGUUAUUUCAAAUUUUGCCGUCCUCAUCAACCUUUUCUCAUGCGAUAUUUCAAAAUGCACAUUAAAAAACAAUGAUGGAAACACAGAUACUGGCUUCCCAUGUGUUUUCUAAAAUACAGCUGACUGCUCACUGAGGGAUAGAAUAUUCUUAUGAAAUGCUAACACUGCUAUGCAAAAGUUAAAAUUUAAAGGUCAUUUAUGCUAAAAAAAAGCAUGCAUCCCUGCGCACGUCAUGUGCCAUGUGAGUGACGGCCAUUAGUUAUUGGUUAGCGGCUAGCCUUUGCUUCCUCAUUUUUCCUUAUUUAUAUUCGGUUUAAUAGUACUGCAGCUAAUAUUUUCACUAUGAGUUUGUGAAGCUAACUUUUUGGUUAGCUGUGCCCAUCACUGUUUAUAAUAAAUUUGGGCCGAGAGUCUGAAGUCCAAACAAACUAGACUUCUCCUAAAGAGACGACGCUAAAAUGUUUUAGUUUAAGCAGCAAAAACCUUUGCAAACUGAACAACUUUUGGGGAGUAACUUAAAAAAAAACCUCAUUUCACAGCCAAACUCUGUUCUGUUUUUUUUAUUUUAUUCUUGCAUUUAAUCUGUCAGCAGUGCAGGACCUGUACUCUCUUGAACAGGCAGCCAUUACAUCCAAGGGAAAAGAGUACCAAAUCACUACGUAGAAUAAUCUAGUUACUAGGACAUUCAUGUCUUUAAACUAUUGGAGAAAACCAAAGCAGCCUAAGAAAUUAUCCAUCAAAAAAUGUUGCACUUUUCCCAUCUAAGCUUUUGGCUUUCCUUUUUUGGUUUGUAUUAACUGUUAAUUUUAAUUAUGACAAUAAUAAUAAUAAUAAUAAUAAUAAUAAUAAUAAUAAUAAUAAUAAUAAUAAUAAUUAAUAAAUACAUUUAGAUUUUUUUCUUCUCUGUUUUCAAGAUUUUGAUCAAUUAAUGCGAAUAAAAUGAAUCAAAACAUUUAAAAUGCCUUUUUACCAAUCUGAUAGUUAUUCAGCUCAUUUAGAUUUUUCACAGCAACAGUUUAUGUACUACCUCAAAUCAGAAAACAAAGAAGUGAUUGAAACUCUAUUUCAUAAAAGCAUACAGCCCUUACCAUGAGAUAAAACAACAUGCCCGUUACAUUUCAAUCAGUGGGGAAUUCUUAGUCUUUCUUUCUGUUUACUUUGCCAAGCUGAUGGAUUCUCGGGAAAUAUUUCAACCCCUACAGGAAAAACUUCAGCUUUGAUCAGGAAAGCACAUCAAAUGCCACCUGAGCAGAACAGGUGAGAUUUCUAAAUGGUAUUAAAUAAUUCUUCAGACCAGAUUCAGUUUCCAGUGUGGUUUCUUGUUUGUCUUUUAGAAAAGCAUAAAACUUCAGAAACUGUGAUUAGAUAGACAUUAAAAUACCAUUAUGUUAUUUUUUUAAAUCUUUGAAACAUGUCUUUUUUCAAUACAUAUUCAAGAGCCGAUAAACAUGCCUGUACCUUUAACAUGCUGGGAUUUUUUAUACAUCAAUUUCAAACUCCUUUUCCUCAUCAUAGCCUUAAAAAGUCUAACCUCAAUGAUGCAUUAGUGGGUCGAUCUUAUCUCACAAGAAUUGCUUAUCUUAUAUCUUGCAGCCAAGAGGUUUUGUUCUGUCUUAUUUACAAUAUAUCAUAUUUAUUUGGAGUAUUUGGAUAUCUGAAAUGUUAAAAGAUUUUGUAAAGAUGUUUGUGAAUUAUGUUUGCAGUUACAUUUAAAGGGCAUAUAUCAUUAUUUUAUCAACUUUAAAUACAUUCAGGUUUACAGUUAAUGAAAUAUUUUUUUUUUUAAAGUACAAAAGGAAGAUACUGAAGCAGAAGGCAGCCAAGCAAAAUAAUUGCUUAAAAGUGAUGAGGUUAUGAUUGGAACAUUGAAUGUGGUCAUUAAUGCAGCAUUACACAAUGGUCACCAAAAAAGAGGGUGAUAGUGCUGCCUCCAGGUGGGAGUGAAAUUCAUAAGGUAAAGAUUUAUAUGGUCAUUUGUCAAGUUAGGAGGAGACAGUCAGGAGAAUCCUUGUCUGGGUGGUAGUAUCUUGGAGAAGCUCUUUGUGCCAAGACCAGUCUGUCUGUAAUUUGCCACAGUGGUGAAUGACUCUUUAACAAAAUAAGAAGAAAAUAACACUGAGACUCUGGCAGUCUGGCAAAUUUGACAGAUGUUGAAGUUUCUGCCCUGGAUCAGACCAGCAUUGUUACUCUGACGUGUACAAGCGUCAGCACUGCCUUUUCUAAAAACCACUGUGACAUUUGAGCAAUUUCUUUUAUCAUCGUACCAUGCAGUGGUUGUGAGAAACAAAGAGGCAAUGAGUAAAAGUAGCUGAAGUUUUUUUUUUUUUUUUUUUUAAACAAUCAGAAUAUUUCACUUAUUUCAAAGACGUCGUCCAUCACAUCACUUUAACUCUGUAAGAUAAUUUAGCCUCACCAACAUGUCCUUUAGCCCUAAAACGUCACCCAAACAAAUACCACAUUUGGUGGAUGGGAGAGAACAUAAAACAAUGAUUCUUAUUCUGGAAUACAUUCUUUUUUCCUGGGAAACAUUCUUGCAAACAGCGCCUGCAGUCGCCUUGGUGGUUUGGCUGCCAACUCACUGCUAGAGCUAUUUGACGUGGCAGUGGUAAUAAUCGUGUCGAUAAACAGCCUUGGGUUGUUUUUACAAUUGAAGCUAAGUUUCCAAUUGUUUGCCAAAAAAGAGGAAACACUGUUUAAAGCGGUUGAGGAAAAGUUGGAAUCUUUGAAUAAAGUAAGAGCGCUAACAAUAUUAAUUUUCUCCAUCUAUUUAACAUGUCACUGCUGACAUGAUUUGUUUUUGUCAAAUUUGAUCCGUUUUUUAUUUACAACAAUGGUCUUAGUCUUAUUCUAGACAAUAUGGGAUCAUCCAUAUAUGGAAGUGCCUUUCCAUUUGAAAGAAGCAUGGUUGCUAAGGCUCUUCUUACAUCAGCAAAAGUGGGUUUUAAAAUCAUUUAUCCAGUAUCAAAAACAUUAGACAGGCUGAUUCGGCAUUUAUUUUUUGUUCCACUCUUUAACGAUGUUUAGGUCUUCUGUCUCUGAAAUUGAAUGAUAUUUGCCCUUUAAACUAGUGUUGGGAUGAUUGCCACUGAGCAGGACUCAGAACACUUAAGAACUGGGGAAACGAAAGCUUUUUUUUAAUCAAAUGACGUCUUUCUAGGUCCGUAUUGCAUACAGUGCUCAUUGAAAUGCCGAAUUUUUAACUGAAGUAUUGUAAAUUUGAAAUAUAAACCUGUACGUUUUUGGUUAAUGUCUGAUGGAGUAAUGCAUAUGUGACACAUUUGUAGCAAGGUGUGUGAUAAUGAUGAUCUUUGCAAAAGAAAUGAUAAUAAAUUAUUGUUUUUGGUAAUACAUUG